AUGAGAGAAUUUGUCGAUUAUGUAUUCAGUUGGUAACAUUUGGAUUUGUAUCACUAAAUGAAGUGGACGUUGACAUAAUUCAUACAUAUAUACCACAAGUGAACAUCGGUGCUACCAGGGAUCCUGUUAUAUGUGGACCCUGUUUUAACUCACUCCAUACUCACGGAAUUUUUUUAAAUAACUGCCUUGAUGCACAGAUAAUAUAUCGAAACAUUGAUAAACAGACUUAUAUUAAAACUGAAGAGAUGGAAAUAAAACUCGAAGAAGAUUGUCAUGAUACUCACUGGAAAUAUGAAUUUGAUAAGCCGUCUUAUAUUAAACCUGAAGAAAUUGAAAUAGAACUGGAAGAUGGUCAAGAUGCGCAGAACAAAUACAAAAGUAUUGAUAAGCAGUCUUACGUUAAAACUGAACAGAUUGAAAUCAAACUGGAAAAAGACCAUGAAGCUCAGGAGAAAUAUGAAAGUGCCGAUGACCAGUCUUGUAUUAAAUUUGAAGAGAUUGAAAUAAAGACAGAGAAAGAUGAUGAGGAACGUGAUUCCUCAAACGACUUAAAGGAUGAAGCAAUUGAACCCAAAAGGAGCUGCAAAUCGGAGCAUUUAGGGAAGUGCAAUACUGGUAGUUUUGAAAGUAAUAAUAAGUAUGAUUUAACUAAGCAUCGUUUUUGGCAUAAAGACCCUUCGGAAAUACCAAUGUACUCAUGUGAAACCUGUAACUUUGAGAGUAAGGAUAAAGGUUACAUGAAAAGACAUCAGUUAUUGCACAAAGAUACUUCAGAAAUUCAAAUGUACAAGUGUGAUACUUGCACUUACGAAACUAGAUAUAAGAAUUGCCUCAAAGAUCAUCAAUUAACUCACAAAGAUCCUUCGGAAAUCCAAAUGUACAGAUGUAACUCAUGUGAUUAUGAAACUAAAUAUAAGUAUAAUCUAAGAAAACAUCAGUUAUUGCACAAGGAUCCUUCAGAAAUCAAACUGCUACAGUUAACACACAAAGAUCGCUUGAAGAUCCUAAUGUACAAAUGUGAUAUGUGUAGUUAUGAAACUAAAUAUAAAAAUCGUCUUAAAAGGCAUCAUUUAUCGCACAAGGACCCUUCGGAAAUCCAAAUGUACAAAUGUGAUGCUUGUGCUUAUGAAACUAAACAUCAGAAUAAUUUGAAAGUGCACCAGUUAAAACACAAAAGUUCUUCAGAAAUCCGAUUGUACAAGCAUGAUACAUGUAGUUAUGAAGCUAAACAUAAUUAUAAAAUGUCCCACAAAAACACUUUGAAAAUUCAACUGUUCAAAUGUGAAACAUGCAGUUUUGAAACUAAGCAUGAGAGUCAAAUCAAAAGGCAUCAAUUAACACACAAAGAUCGUUCAAAAAUCAACAUGUACAAGUGUGAUACUUGCACAUAUGAAACUAAGUAUAAAGGGCAUCUGAAAGUACAUCAGUUAUCACACACUUCUGAACUCAAAAUGUACAAGUGUGAUGAAUGUAUUUAUGAAACAAAUUACAUCAGCAACCUAAAAUCGCAUCAGUUGAAACAUAAAGAUCCCUCGAAAAUCCAAAUGUACAAGUGUGAUACAUGCAGUUACGAAUCCAAGUUCAGAAGCAAUCUAAAAUUGCAUCAGUUAAUUCACAAGGAUCCUUCGAAAAUCCAAAUGUACAUGUGUCAUUCAUGUACUUAUGAAACUAGAUUCAAGGGCGAUCUAAACAAACAUCAGCUAAUACACAAAGACCCCUCGGAAAUUCAAAUGUACAAAUGUGGUAUUUGUACCUAUGAAACUAAAUAUAAAAAAAGUCUCAAAAAUCAUCGAUUGAUGCAUGUACCGUAAAUAAAUAAAUUAAAUAUAAGAAGGAUCUAAAUAUGUGAGUGUGAUAUGUGUAGUCGGGAAACUAAUUUUAAAAACACGUCAGCCAUAGAAAAUCUUCAGAAGUUCAAAAGUACUUAGGUAUAUGUAUCUUCAAAUUUACAUUAAAAUAUUUUCUUCAGUUUCCUUAUUCAAUUCAUGAGGACAUUCAAACAAUUAUGGGGGACUUUGAAACCUUUGUCGGUCUGUCGAACAUCUUAAAUUGAUAUUAUCAGUUAAGAUUUAUUAACUAUAAUAGUUUAUCCUUCAGAGAGUGAUUCUAAACGCUCAACUUCGAAAUCAUGCAACUAUUUACAGCCACUAAAUCUAUCUUGUUUUUUAUUUUAAAAUACCAAUUAGGUGCAAAGCCUUUGGAUUCUCUGAGAUUUACUAAUUCAGAUUUGUAUAAUGUAUUGUUAUAUAUUAAUUGUUUUAAGAUAUUUGUCAAGAAACUUAUAAUUUGAUAUUUUUGUGGUGAGUUUUUACAUCUUACAACCUGGAGUAUACUAUUUAGUUACUAUGUGCUUAUGUUUAUAGAAGUUUAAGGCUACCAACUUUUAGAGUAAAAACCAUUUGUAAUAAUUUGUGCUUAU